ACCAAACACGGUGAGCAACAGAGACCGUCGAAAUCAAGUACAGGUAUCCCUCCAGACCCGCGUGCCAUGAAUCUACUAUAAUUUAAGCUACAUUCUUGUAAAGAGGAUGUCUAAACAGGGUUCCCAAGGUUACGACUUUCUGUCCGGGGAGGAGGAGUCCAAAGGGGUUUUGUCGAGGUCCGAUGUGCUCAACAGUGUGGACAAUGCGGGAGACAGAUGGGAUGGCGAUGCUGCUGCUAGGAUCAUUGGAGGAUGCUGGAGAUCCUAUAGGGAUAAAAGGCUGUUCCGUCUCCUGAAACACACAGUGUGCGCAGCGGAACACUGCCUGACCUACGAAAUCAUAAGAAAGGUCAGCCCAUCAGAAGCAGAGCUUUUAAAGGACCGUAGCAUGCAGUGCAAGGUUAGAUUCAGGUUUGCCGGGAGUGAGUUCCCUCCCAUCAUUGUGUUCAAAAUCUUCCACAAAAGCGGAGGCCAUGGAAACAAGUACAUAACGGGGAAGAGAGCAAUCCGCCCCGCGAGCGAGGCAGCAGUCGACGCGUGCAGAAUGAUGGGACACAGGAGGUUUUUUGAUCAAAUCAUACUCGAUGAAAUUCAGCAUCAAGGAAAGAAAAUAGUGGAUGAAAUCGACGUGACCAGCCUGAAAGAAUACAUGCAGUACGUCAGCCACCUGGAUGAGAUGCCAGCGUACUUGGGUGGCAGGGAUAACUCGUGGAGGAAGCUGUCCUUGCAAGGGCUGCCCCGGACCACCAUCAUGUACGACAUUGUGGAGUACGCAGAGACAGGCAGCCUGUCAGACAGGUUGAGGGGGGAGCUGCCAGGGCUGCUGGUGAGACCUCUCUCUCAGGACAUGUUGCUUCUGCAGCUCACUGCCAUCUCUAAGCUCAGUUCUCCGCUCGUUCCUCAGAGCUCGAUGGCCUCUGUCCACAGACCCACCCUGCGCUCCACUACCCCCCAGUGCUCGUCGCGGCGCUCGGACAGGGCCCGCCGGAAAGCAGCCAAGAUGAGACGGCUCUACGGGCUGGACAGUGACCCGGCCGAGCAUGAACAGGGUCAAACAGACAUUGACCCCGUGGUUCUGAGCUCCCGGACCCAGGAGGAAUCAGAGCAGUGGGAAGAGGAGGCUGACAGACUGUACACCUGGACUCAAGAGCUUUCUUUAGAAGACCUUGGAGUGGCGUCGCCAGCCCACAACCUCCAGACACUGACUUCAGCCGUUAUAAACGAUAAAUAAAAAUUAUAGGUGGCUAUAUAAAGUCUUUUACUUUGGAGGUUUUCAACAACAUAGAAAAACAAGUUUCUUUGUGCCAGAUUAAAAAAAGAAACAAGUACAAAUCCUGCUUGUUUUGCGCCUGUUCAGAGCAGGGAAUGACUGAACAAAUGACUGAUUUCAGUGAGGCAUUCAUCCCGCCCCAACCUGCUUGAAAGGAAUAAUGGUGGUAAUCACAGAGGAACAGCCAUGCUGCUAAACACCUUGCAGACUUGUCACAUCAAUCCAGUACUGUCGUGGCUGGCAGUGAGAGUGUUAUGGAGGGUGCUUCUCGUUUUACUGUCUGGUCUCUGCAGCUUGUCCUUAGUGUAUUCUUCAAUAUUAAGUAUUACUGACAAUAUAUAAAAUGUCACAAGGCUAUAUUGAACUAUAUGAACAUUUAUUUCUGGAAAGAAAUGACACACCGUUCAAAUGCCAGUGAACAAUCAGCAUGUAGUAAAGAUAUAUAGAUAUUUCAGUCAGCUCUUUGUUUAUUAUUGUUUACCAAAUAAACCUCAAGUUGAGAUUGUGAACAGUAAGGACGGGAUGUUAGUAAUUCUAAAACCCUAAUUCUAACAGACUGCGCACUAGAUACAAAAUAUAUCACUUUGAACAGCAAAGAAGAUGGAACUGUACAGAGACUGUUUGGCAUUUUAUAUACAUGAUAUUGACACUGAUAAAAAAAACAAAAAACAAAUUAACCUGAAAGAAAAGAGUACAGACUGGGAUG